AUUAUAAAAUAAUUUGAAUUAGUUGUAAGUACAUAUACACACAUUGUAGUGAUGCAUUUAAAUGAAUAUUACCGUUAUAUUUAUAUUUACCAAUUUCAAAAAAACCGACUGAUACCUGGAUACUUAAACAACUACAAGAGAAAGUUGUUUAUCCUUCCAGUUAUUAUUUUGUAAUUAUCUUGAAUUCAAUAAAUUAAAUAAACGAUCUCGCAAUUUUCCUUUAUAUAUAAAAAGAUUUUAAAAUUUCACAGAUUUACCUGUAGAAAAUGCAUUAUUAUACAUCAAUCAUAUUAAUUUGUUUCUUCAUACAUAGAAAUGAUGCCUUAAAAGAGUGUGGUGUUUCUAUAGAACAAAUGAUACGCAUUGUGGGAGGAAGUUCGAGUUCUCCGGGAGACUGGCCAUGGCAGAUACAAAUUAGUGGUCAGUUUAGGCACAAAACCAAAUGUGGUGGGACAAUUAUCAAUGAAAAUUGGAUUCUUACGGCAGCUCAUUGCCUAGAAGACGUUUCCACGCCUGAAUUUUAUGUAAUCUGGUUAGGAAAAUUUGAUGUGAGCAAGCGAGAAGAUGGAGCAAUUCUUCGUAAUAUCAGCAAAUACGUUGUUCAUCCUGAUUUCAAUAUAGAUACUAUGAAAAAUGAUAUUGCUCUAUUAAAAUUAUCUAAACCAAUAGAUUUUGAAGGAAAUCAUUCACAUAUCACCCCAAUUUGUUUAGCUGAUGAGAACUUUACUGUAGAUAAUAGAUUCUGUGUAGCAACAGGCUGGGGAAGUCUCUAUCCUGAGGGAGAAGAAUCAAAUUUACUUCAAGUAGUAUCACUUCCGAUUAUUGAACAAGAAACCUGUAAGAAGUUACUUGCCAGGUAUUACCAGAAUGUGACACAAGGAAUGAUUUGUGCUGGUCGUGGAAAAAUAGGUGUUUGCAACGGAGACUCGGGUGGUCCUUUACAAUGUAAGAAAAAUGGAAAAUGGUACCAAGUUGGCAUAACUUCUUGGGGUGUUGGAUGUGCGGUACCUGAUGUGCCUGAUGUAUUUGCGCGAGUUAGUCAUUAUCAAUCCUGGAUUAACACUGUGAUAGAAAACUAUAAAAUGCAUUAUUAUACAUCAAUCAUAUUAAUUUGUUUCUUCAUGCAUAGAAAUGAUGCCAUAAAAGAGUGUGGUGUUUCUAUAGAACAAAUGAUACGCAUUGUGGGAGGAACUUCGAGUUCUCCGGGAGACUGGCCAUGGCAGAUAGCAAUUCGUGGUUAUUUUGGGUACGAACACAGAUGUGGUGGGACAAUUAUCAAUGAAAAUUGGAUUCUUACGGCAGCGCAUUGCGUAGAAAACGUUCCCAUGCCUAAAUUUUAUGUAAUCUGGUUAGGAAAAUUUGAUGUGAGCAAGCGAGAAGAUGGAGCAAUUCUUCGUCAUAUCAGCAAAUACGUUGUUCAUCCUGAUUUCAAUAUAAAUACUAUGAAAAAUGAUAUUGCUCUAUUAAAAUUAUCUAAACCAAUAGAUUUUGAAGAAAAUCAUUCACAUAUCACCCCAAUUUGUUUAGCUGAUGAGAACUUUACUGUAGAUAAUAGAUUCUGUGUAGCAACAGGCUGGGGAAGACUCUAUUAUCAGGGAGAAGGAUCAAAUUUACUUCAAGCCGUAUCACUUCCAAUUAUUGAACAAGAAACCUGUAAGAUGUUACAUGCCAGGUACCUGAACGUGACACCAGGAAUGAUUUGUGCUGGUCGUGGAGGAAUUGGUGUUUGCAACGGAGACUCGGGUGGUCCUUUACAAUGUAAGAAAAAUGGAAAAUGGUACCAAGUUGGCAUCACUUCUUGGAGUGUUGGAUGUGCCGAACCUUAUAUUCCUGGUGUAUUUACGCGAGUUAGUCAUUAUCUGUCCUGGAUUAACGCUGUGAUAAAAGAAUCAUGCGAUCCAUAUUCUCAUUCCGAGAUGAAAGUGAUUUAUACAGUAGUCUUGCUGUUCGUUUAUGCUGAAGCUAAUGAUGAGUGUGGAGUGUCACCAAUUCCAUAUAGCGAGGGAAGAAUCGUAGGUGGAAGAGCCUCUCAAAAGGGACAAUGGCCAUGGCAGGUUUCUUUAAGUUUUCCAAGACCUGGAGGUUAUAUGACUCAUUAUUGUGCCGCUACGAUUAUUAAUAGUGACUGGCUUUUGACUGGAAAUUCCGGUGGGCCUUUACAGUGCCAAUUAGACGAAGAAAAUUGGUUUCAGAAAGAUCUACGGAUCGUGGCGGAAGAGCUUUGCGGCACAGUAGACGAUGGUAAGAAAGUACCGGAGUUAAGAGAACUUAUUAUAAAAAGUAACGAUUUUAUUAAUGAUCCGGAUUUCGUAUUGGUAAUUCUGUCCUCAACCGUUGCUGAAAGGCUAGAAAGGAAACAAAAGGAAGAACAGGAAAGGCUACAAGCCGAAGGGAAGCGGGUAGAAGCCGAGAGGGAAAGGAAACGCCAGCAUGAGUUAGAGCUAGCACGGAUUAACACUAAUAAUCAAAGCAGGGCGAAAUGUGGAAAAUCUUCGGUAGAAGAUGAAGAUCUGACGGGUAGAAUUGUUGGAGGAGUAAAUGCUGAAAAAGGCCAAUGGCCAUGGCAAGUUUCACUAUGGUCGAGAAAUGUAACCACAAAGAAACCGAUGCAACACUUCUGCGGAGGAACCAUUCUUAAUGAAAAUUGGAUUCUAACAGCCGCUCAUUGCGUCGAUCGUACAACCGAUCUAAAAUCCAUUUUGGUUCGAAUGAACGAGUACAAUUUAGAAGAAGAAGAAGGAACAGAAAUUGAUAAAUUAGUAUCCAAGGUUAUCUAGAUUGUGGUGCACGACAGGUGGCAUUGGAGAACAGCCGAUAACGAUUUAGCAUUAUUGAAACUGUCCAAAUCUCUGGAUUUUGAAGAUGAACACAAACAAUUGUCACCUAUAUGCUUAGCCAAGGAUGAUUUAAAAUUAGCUGGAAAAAGAUGCGUAGCGACUGGUUGGGGCAUGACUACUUAUGGAGGAAGUAGGCCGGAUAUCCUCCAAGAAGUCGCACUUCCUAUAGUAUCGAGGAAAGAAUGUGAAAGGAGUUAUCAAACACUAAGAAAUUUAACGGAAGGGAUGAUAUGUGGAGGAUAUAUGAAAGGAGAAAAAGGUGUUUGCUUUGGAGAUUCAGGGGGUCCUCUACAAUGUAAAAUGGAGAAUGGAAGAUGGUACGAAGUGGGAGUAACUUCGUGGGGAAUGGGAUGCGCUUGGGCUAAAUAUCCAGGUGUUUUUUCUAAAGUUUCAACAUACAAAAAGUGGAUUAUGAAUGGAGAUUCCGGUGGUCCUUUACAAUGUCAAUCGAGCGAUGGAAAAUGGUACGAAAUUGGCAUUACUUCGUGGGGAUUGGGAUGUGCCUGGGAGAAAUAUCCAGGUGUUUUUGCUCGAGUGACACGAUAUUUAGAUUGGAUAAAAGAAGUUACAAAUUCAAAUUGA